UUGAUUCCAACGCUUUCAACACUUUCCAGGUCAGCACGCAGAAUUCACGAACUUAGUGCACAUUUUGCCUUUAAUUAAAAUUAAACACAUACAUUAAAAUGCCUGCUCCUGCAAGUUCGACGUCCGUUGGCAGCGGUUCACGCUCGCCCAGCAAACUGUCGGCGCCACGUAGCGCUGGCGCUGGUGGCGGCAGCACUCUGAAACAACGAAAGACGACAACAACAACGGCGGCCAGGAGUCGUGCUCCAGGCGGAGCAGGCACUGGUGGCAUGUGGCGUUUCUACACAGAUGAUUCUCCCGGCAUUAAAGUUGGUCCAGUUCCAGUUCUGGUCAUGUCGUUGCUGUUCAUCGCCUCUGUUUUCAUGCUGCACAUUUGGGGAAAGUACAACCGUUCUUAGACAGUUCAUCGUAGCAAAUAAAUACUUUCACCUCAACGGACGCGCCGCGACACACAAUUUUGUCGACGUCAUCAGAUUUCUCGCAGACAGUUGCCAAAACAACUACAAAAAUAAUUGAACUAUCGCAGCUAGCACUGUAGUAUCUGCAUUCCGUUGGUUGAGGCAUUGUGUUUUCCACUUGAAAUUAAUUAUUGUCUAAGCUUAAGUUACCCGUCGUUAAAUGAUAAACUAAAUUGUAUACAUAAUUUGUCAAAA